UCUCUCUCUCUCUCCUCAAAGACGAAGAUCACGAAGAAAGAUAGAAGCCGAAGGAACUGAAAAGCCCUAGAACUAGAAUCUCUCUCUCUCUCUCCUACCGGGAAAAAAAUUCAAAAUCACUCAAUGGAAGCUCUACUCUGCAGAAAAAUCGGCGACCCCACACAACCCCCAAACUCAUCGGGAAGCUCCGCACUGGCUGUCUCAACCUCGCACCCAAUCCCAAAGCUGAACUCUUUAACUUCAGUCAGAGUGAAAGUCAAAGCCACAAGCUUGAACUACGCCAAUUACCUCCAAAUUCUGGGCAAGUACCAAGAAAAACCACAUUUACCCUUCAUUCCUGGCUCCGACUACUCCGGCAUCGUCGAAUCCAUCGGUCCCAAUGUCACCAAGUUCAAAAUCGGUGACCCGGUUUGUUCUUUGGCCGCCCUCGGCUCUUUUGCCCAGUACAUCGUCGUCGAUGAGAGUGAAUUGUUUCGAGUACCUGAUGGAUGUGAUCUAAUUGCUGCUGGUGCACUUCCAGUUGCAUAUGGAACAUCACAUAUGGCCCUGGUUCAUAGAGCUCAACUGAGUUCCGGUCAGGUUCUGCUGGUUCUUGGUGCAGCUGGAGGUGUUGGGCUUUCAGCUGUACAAAUCGGAAAGAUUUGUGGUGCUGUUGUUAUUGCUGUUGCUAGGGGAGCUGAAAAGGUGAAGUUCUUGAAGUCACUGGGCAUUGAUCAUGUUGUUGACUUGAGCCAAGGGAACGUCACUGAAAGUGUGAAGGGAUUCUUAAAGACGAGAAAACUGAAAGGUGUGGAUGUUUUGUACGAUCCCGUUGGAGGUGCACUUACGAAAGAAACAAUGAAGCUUUUGAAUUGGGGAGCAAAAAUUUUAGUCAUAGGGUUUGCGAGUGGAGAGGUCCCUGUCAUCCCUGCAAAUAUUGCUCUUGUUAAGAACUGGACAGUUCAUGGACUCUACUGGGGAAGCUAUAAAUUACAUCGCCCAGAUGUACUUGAAGAUUCUCUUGAGGAGUUACUGUCCUGGUUGGCAAGGGGCUUAAUUACUAUCCACAUUUCUCACACUUACAGCUUGCCUGAGGCCAACCUUGCCUUUUCUGCUAUUAAGGAUAGAAAAGUUAUUGGAAAGGUGAUGCUUGCUUUUGAUGAUCAUAAAUCCGCAAGAUCGAAGCUUUGAUCUGGUCGGAAUUCACGAGUGGUUGAGAGGAGAAUGGUUUCCUUUAUAUGUAAAUGUUAGAACUUGCCAUUCUAUCACUGACCAUCAAUGGAUGGUAGCUUGUUCAUUUCUGAAGCAUCAAAGUGGCAGUUGGAAUCAAUUUCAUGAAACAUAGACUAUAAAUAAAUAAGGAUAUAAAUGUUAAUGUUGCUGAGUUAUAUGGUUUCUUGUGCAACUCUAUAGAAACGAAGGCACUGGGAUUCCCUUAGAAACAUGUCCAUUGCAUACAGUUGAAUCAUUUUAUAGCACUUUUUUAAGUUCUUUUUGAACAGCAAUUUGUGUGCCUUAGAUGUAAAAA